UCUCUCUCUCUCUCUCUCUCUCUCUCUCUCCUGUCCCUCUUCCCGCGCCUGCGAGCUCGGAAUAGGAGAGAGGAGGAAGAAAACGGAGGAGGCCGUCUCAAAGAUUCCAUCUUGGGGUUGCUUUCGACAUGAAGGUCGUCGCCCGUGGUCGAUCGAGUAGCCGGCGUGGUACUUGAGGUCACGCUUGGCUUCGGCGUCUUCGGUUGUUGCCACGACCCUCCCCAAUCUGAGGUUCUCCUGGUGUUCUUCCAUGUUUUGGCCUCAAAUAGGCCCUUUUUGACGGCCUAUUCUUCUCAUAAUCCCAGAUAAAGUUUGCUCUUACCGCGAUGAACAGGUGCUGAUAUAAAGAAGGAAAAAGAUGAAUGUGAAAGAUUGACGUACCACACAUUAGGGGGGAUUCUUUUUCUACUUCAUGAUAUGAACCUUACCCAAGUAUAUAAUGGGGCCUUAAUGACCAUAUUGAAAUCAUCGAUAGUUCGGAUUGAGAGGAAGAAACUUCUGAGCUAUUAGCUCAUUGCUACCAGACUUCAGAGUGGAAAAAAAGUUCCGAGACUUCUGCAAUCUGUGCUCCAAAUAUUAUAAUCCCUACAGUAAAAAUGGAGUCCACCAGAGUGACAGCACCACCAAAGUUUGGAACACUAGCUCGGACUUUUAACAAGAUCCUUCACCUCCACCGUUCUGUCAAUAUCUCUGCCAAUGGUGCCGGAGUUGCCCCUGAAAAAGAUGACUACUCAAUCCCCAAGCUCAAGCUCUCACAAAACUUCAGCGAACACUCCAGCAUCCUUUCUGAAGGUGUCAGUGAGUUCUACAAGGUUGAACAUGAGAAGCAGCCACAGAAUCUCUCCUCAAGUGAGAUAGAAGCCAUGGAGUCCCUUCUUGCUAAUCUCUUUGCAAGCAUCUCUGCCAUUAAAGCGGCUUACGCCCAGCUCCAGAUGGCACAGUCACCAUAUGAUCCUGACUCAAUACAGUCUUCUGACCUCGCCAUUGUGUCUGAACUCAAACGUGUCUCAGAGCUCAAGCACUCCUACUUCACGACCGACUUCAUCAUCCCUCACACCUCAUUUGAGUCUCAGUCAGCACUUGCUGCCCAGAUUGAGGAGCAGCGCAAUCUAAUCAAGACCUACCGGAUCACCACGAACAAGCUUAAAGCUGAUUUUAAGCUCAAGGAUUCGGAGAUCUGCUCACUUCAGUUUGAGCUUCUUGAGGCAGAGAAAAAUAACCGAACUUUGGAGUCAAAGCUCCAUCCUGGUCGAUCCCUCUCAGCCUUGGAUGGCCUUCACCCUUCUGGCUUAAAUCCCACCCAUUUCCUUUCUGUUCUUCGGUUCACCUUCAAAUCUAUUCAAUCCUUUGUCAAGCUUAUGGUGAAGGAAAUGGAGUCAGCUGGGUGGGACCUUGGUGCCGCCGCAGGUGCAAUCCAACCUGAUGUUCUCCACUGUAACAAGCCUGCUCAUUGGACGUUUGCUUUCCAGUCCUAUGUCUGCCAGAAGAUGUUCUCUGAUUUCCACCAUAAAAGUUACAACCUUGCUGCCAUGGAAGAUAGGUCGAUGUGGGGUUGGCGUCAGUUCUUUGAUGAAUUCACUCAGCUGAGAUAUGUUGAGCAUAUUCAGAAGCUAAGCCAGCACUCUGCGAUUGCAAAUUUUUUCAGGGUGAAGUAUCUGGCUCUGGUGCAUCGGAAGAUGGAAUUAUCCUUUUUUGGCAAUCUUGAUCAGAGGGCCAUUGUGAGCUCAGACCAGAGCUUCCCAAACUCGGCAUUCUUUGCUGCAUUUGCAGAAAUGGCGAGGCGAGUGUGGCUCCUCCACUGCUUGUUCUUCUCAUUCGGAGAACCAGAGUCGAACCGGUCAAUUUUUCAGGUGCGGCGAGGGAGCCGGUUCUCUGAGGUCUACAUGGAAAGCAUUGUGGAGGACAAGGAUGUUGCAACCGCCAAGUGCAGGCCGGCCACGGUUGGGUUCACAGUUGUCCCUGGGUUCAGAGUAAGGUGGACACUGAUCCAAAGCAAGGUCUACCUCUUACCAUCAACUUCAGAUGACAAUCAAUGGUAAUGAGUGCAGUCAGCUGGCCAUCAGGUGCUUGGUAUGUGCUGCACCUGAUGGAAGGAGAGUAUUUUAGGUAUUUAACGAGGGGAAGUAAUCAGAUGGAAACAAGGAAAGCUAUCUCUCAACACCCGUGUAUAGAUUAUCAUGGCAGCUUGUAAUAGUCUUUUGUAUGUUGGGCAAGUAAUUGUUGAGCUCAUGCAUUAGAGAAGGUAAUGAUAGACUAGAUGUUAAUUAAUAUUGCAUGGAGGCAUUGAAAAGUUUGGUAGUGGUUGGUGAUGGCAUCAUGGAUCAGUCUGCAUCACUAGUGCAUGUUCUGAUGACUUUUGGGAAGGCUUUGGGUUGGUAGAGCAUUUGAUGUUUGAUG